UCCAAGAACACAUCUAUGGCGAGAAGCGUGUUUCUCAUGCUAUUUGCAGUAGCCACCUUGCUUCAGGGCUCCAUGGCACAGACCAGACACGUGGUGGGUGAUUUCGCCGGCUGGACCAUCCCUCCCAGGGGUGCUGCAACCUACAUCGCUUGGGUUUCUGGAAAAACCUUCGUCGUAGGGGAUACUCUCAUGUUUAACUUUUCCAACGGCCAUCACGACGUAGCCAAGGUGACGAAAUCAGUUUAUGACACAUGCAACGGUGGGAAUACCCUUUUCACCAUUACCUCCAGUCCAGCGAUCGUGGCACUAAACGAGACAGGGGAACAAUAUUACAUUUGCACCUUUGGAUCACAUUGUUCCCUUGGUCAGAAAUUGAAAAUUAACGUUGUUAGUAGAGCUUCUGCCAUUCCUUCUUCUGCCCCUCAACCUAGUACGAGUGGUUCUUCACCAACACCAAGCACUAUGUUAUCCCCAGCUCCAGGCCCAUCCACUGGACCAGUUACUUUCACUGUUGGAGAGAGCUUAGGCUGGACUGUUCCCACUAACGGUGCUGCAGCUUACACAUCUUGGGCAUCUGGCAAGACUUUCAAGGCUGGAGACAUACUAGGUAA